AUGAAACUCCUACUCAUCACCGUCGCCGCCGUCUGCUGCUUCGCCAUGGCCACAAUGGCCGAAGAAGAGCAGCAGUACACCAACAAAUACGACAAUGUCGACUAUAAAGAAAUCUUGAAAUCGGAUCGUCUCUUCAACAACUACUACAAAUGUCUGACCGAUGAAGGUAACUGCACUCCCGAUGGCCGUGAAUUGAAAAAGAUUUUGCCCGAUGCCCUGCAAACUGCCUGCUCGAAGUGCAGUGAUAAACAAAAGGCCGCUGCCGAAGAGGUAGCCCGUUUUGUCAUCGAAAACAAACCUGAGGAAUGGAAGGUUUUGCAGGCUAAAUACGAUCCUGAGGGUGUCUUCUAUGCCAAGUACAAGGAUGAAGCUGCCAAGCGUGGCAUUAAGGUCUAAG